CAGAGAGCGGUUUCAGUCGCGCGACGGCUUUCGCCCAGGCCAGUCGAUCGAGCUCCUCUCCACAGGAAGAGCAUCUCGCGCUGCACACCAUGAGAUCAUCGGGAGAUUGCGUCGAUCCAACGGCUCGCGACUCGCGACGUACGCCAUCGAUGUGAUCGCGACCAGUGCGCAUUCGAUCGGAUGUUUUUCAGGGGGAUGCGUGGGACGAGUUUUUUUCGCCAAGGCUGGCGCAAGGGGAUAAAUGAAUUUUCGCGCUUUUUCUUUGGUAUUCUUUCGUUAUGAGUGAUACCAGAGCGCCUGUGAUUAGUUAUUUUCGAUGCAUUAGACGUUUUUUGGGGGUUGUACGGGACGAUGAGUUUGACGUUCGUUGCUUGAGAUUUUUCGUUGAAGGUAACGCACGAGUGUAUCCAGUUUCCGGCAGAAGUGUGAAACACCGUGUCGUGUCGUUUAAACGUGCGUCGAGCAAACAUGAUUAAAUUAAUGGUUCAGCGAUCGUGCGCCAAGAUGGACGAGUUGAUUUCGAUUGAACUGGAAAUCGUGUUGCCGUUUUAGCGACGUGAAAGCAUUCGAACAAGCUCUAUUCAUCGAGACUGGACGCGUCGUUCAAGGAGAUCGCACAACGUCGACAGGAUUCUUUUCCGGAAAUGAUCGCUUCCUCGGAGCAGUACGAGGUAUACAUUCGAGAUACAAGUUGUAAAAUAUCCGGAGAAUCCAUCUCGACCUCUACACUAGCGGAGUAGCAUUAUCACGAAGACUAACUCUUACACCUCAAAUAUAUUUGAAUCCACGCCUGAAUCGAGACGAUUGAAUCCUCAGCAACGAAAGAUGAGUUUCGCGAACAGCCACCGUACCACCGUCGUUCUUCGACCAAUCUCAAUUUCAAUCUCAAUCUCCACGUGGUCGAUCACCAGCGUCCCUCAGAUUAACGACAAUCACGGACAAAUAGGAAUUACCUUGAAGAAUAAUAUCGAGGACAAUCAUUUCGAAGAAUAGUUUUAGAACUACGCAAGCUUCCGCCGAUAGAGCAGCAAGACGACGAGUGAAAUCCAGGGAAUCGCAGGUCGUCGAGUCGACGAAAGAAGAUCAGUGAGAUGCCCGGUUCGCUGUAAAAAUGCUGGUGGACGAUUGCGGCAGCGCUAUGGGGUGGACUUCGGCCAGCGUGCGCGGGGGUUGGUCCACCCCGGGUGGCUGUAGGAAUUCCGCGAUGAACUUCGGUGGUAGCGUGCCCUCCCUUCACCCAGCUGGCUCGAUAAGAUCGCUCCGAUCCCAGCAUUCUAUGCAGGGCGUGCCGGAGACACCGCGAAGAUGUAUGCACUGCCAUCCGGUACACGUGCCGAGCACCCCGAACAAUUACGUGCAUCAUCCAAUGCAGUAUUACACACCGAGCCACUGUCCCGAGCCCAGGAACGGUAUCUACACUCCUCAUCGAGGCAGUUCCUAUCACGGUGAUACUCGAAUGCGUUACAUGGACGCAGAGGGAAGUCUGCAUGAUGGCAUGAUCGGAAAUAGUAAUUGGGUGCUCGGUGAUUUGAGAAGUCUUCAUCGUUGUGUGCCAGCCUUUCGUCGUCCAGGCAUAGACGUCGCCACCAUGCGAACGCAUUUCUAUCCAGAGGGUGGCUGGGGGUGGUUGGUUUGUGCAGCCGGGUUCCUCGCCCUGUUGCUCACCACUGGAAUGCAGCUCGCUUUCGGGCUUCUUCAUGUUCAUGCUGUGCGACGAUUCGGCGAGGAACAUCUCAUGGAUCUGGCGUGGGUUGGCGCAUUGAGCACUGCGAUCUCCCGUGGAUCGGCACCCUUGGUCGUUGGCGCGUGUCGCCGUGGAAGUACAAGGCUUACAGCGGUGAUCGGCGGUUUCGUGCUGGCAUUGGCCUCGUUCUUCACCUCGUUCGCCGCAGAAUUACACCAGGUCCUCCUCAGCUACGGCGUGGUACUGGGCACCGGUGCUGGCUUCGUGAGAGAAACUGCCGGCCUGAUGCUGGGCCAUUACUUCAGAAAACGGCGGGAGUUCGUCGAGAUGAUCGUGCAAGCCGGCGCGGGAGUGGGAAUAGUGCUCUUCAGCGUCUUCUACAGGGAAGCUGUCGGAAAGCUGGGCUGGGAGUAUGGCAUGCAAUUGGUAACCGGAGCUCUGUCGUUGGCCUUCUUCCUGGGCUUCAUUUACAGGAACGCCUCUCUCUAUCAUCCGCAACGACGAGCCAUGUUACACGUGAAGAAUCAACGAGGUGGCAAGUUGAAAGAGAAGAAGACCGCGUCGAAGCCACCAAGACAGCCAUGGGUGGAUCUCAGCCCUCUCGGUAGUCGGCCUGUCAGGAUGUUGAUGUUGGCCGCUGGGGCAGCCGGUUUUGGCCUUUAUACGCCCGCCUUUUACAUCGCUAUCCAGGGCCACAAAGAUGGUUUGGAGGCGAGUGCAGUGAUGCUUUUGCAGACUUGCCUGGGUUUGGCAGCGGCACUCGGCUGCGCAGCUUGGGGUGUCGUUACCGCGAAACCAUCUGCCCAAUGCCUAGUGUCCAGGCAAUAUCUCUGUCAGGCAGCACUACUAGGAGUUGCCAUAGCUCAGGUGGCUUUGGGCAGCGUGCAAGGUUACCACGGGCUGAUUCUGGCUUCCGGUUUGUACGGCGCAUCCCUCGGCGGUGCACUUUACUCCCUGAAAAUGCUGGCCCUCGAAAGACUGAGGGCAAAACACUUUGCACGCUCCUGGGCACUCGUGCAGGCCGCAGAAGCUUUACCUAUUCUUCUCGGAGUUCCUCUUACUGGUUACAUGAACGCGAACAGCUCGAGGGUGGGUUACUACGCGUGCACGUUAAGUUCCUUGUGCGGUGCAGCGUUACUCUUCCUGGUUGGCUGGGGUCGCCAGCCGGCGUCUCCUCUACUUCCUGGCUCGCACCUCUCCAACGUGACCGUACCUCCGCCGUGUGCCUAUCCUCCGCCGCCAAGGCCAAGGUUGCCAAAAUCACAAUCGUUACACGUGCCCUUGGACAUGGAGGAGAAUCUUCGCGACAGAGAAAUGGAGAGGAUGCACACUGCCGAACAUUACUAUCAACCGCAAUUCUACGUGCCUCUGAGACCUAGCAAGAGCGUUCCAGAGGGUCUGAGUCAUCAGGAUUCCUACAGGAGUCGGCCAAGACGGCACAGAGACGUCACGGUGAUCGAACAAAUCACCACUAGCGUUUGAAUCAAUUAAAAAUUGGAAAAACCAGGAGAAGGAACGAAUAUAGUUGAUUGGUUGUUGGAGUCAGUUGGAUACGACGAUGUUCAAGCUUGGAGCUGUGAUGGAGAAUUCUUGGGAUUUGUUGAUUGUUAGUUGUUUGAAGUUAGGUCUGGUUAACUGUUAGGAUGUUGUACGUGGCGAGAGAAAUUUUUGAUUUAAAAUGUGCGAAUUUCGUUCAAACGUAGUUUUUAGAUUUUUAGUUUAAAAUUUAAAUGAAAUGUAAAUUUGUAUAUAACAAAUUUGGCAUCACUUUUUCAUUUGUAUCAUCCACACACAAAAUUGUCUAGUUUUAGAAGAUUUAAGUACAAUUUUUUAAAUGAUUGAAACUAAGUUUACUAUUAAUGUUGAAUUAUGCCAGAAAUGUGAUACAUCAGUAUUAUUAUAUUAAUAUUAGAUAAGUUUCUUACGUCUUGACAUAUAGCUGAAUGACCAAAGGAUUCUUUAAGUUAUAAUAGAAUUCUAAACUAACUCUAAUCUUUUUAUGUUCAUACAUCCAGCGAUUCCAAACUUUUGAUUAAAAAUAUUGAAAUAAAAUAACAAACGUUCAAGAAAUAACAAAUCUCUUACUGACACAAGUUUGAAAUUCGUUUACGUAUAAAAUAGAUUCUUAUGAUAUUCGUUUCUAAAGAACACUUUUAACUUUUAAAGAAUAUUAUCGUUGUUACAUUCUUGGUCUAUGGAACAAUUUGGGUUAACCAGAUCUAUCUUAAAUGAUCGAAAACGGUUCGAGUAAGAAGGAUAUUGUCGAGGAUAUAAUUAUCGCGGAAUAUUUCAUCGUUAUUUACGUGAAUCUGUACGUGCUCUGCUCAGUUGCUUUCACGAAGAAGGAAAGAAAAAGAGAGACUCGCAACAGCUUGCCUUGAAGACUAUAAUCUAAGACAAUGAAGGAUUUUACGAUAAAGGAAAGAUCUUUACAACCGCUGUGAAUCCGAGAUUAUACCGUUUUCUGUAAGAUUUGAGAAUCGCAGAAUGGAGAGCACGUUCUCUUGCUGGGAAUUUUUCACGCCUUCCGGUGAAUAAUCGUACAGAGUUUGAGCGUGUUAAAGGGCGCCCCUUUUACCAGUUUUAAAGUUACUGACUGUAGUACCGUUUCUAUUUCAUUGAACCAUAAAAUUGAUUUUCCUUAAUCGAACUAUAAGUUUGUUGAAAACUAGGUAUUACAACUUUCCUAAACCUAAUUGAUUAUUCGAGAUCGCAAAUAAAUGACCAAAUUUUCACUUGAUUUUAUCGCAAUUAAAAGAACUCAGGAAAAUGUAAUAUAGAUAUUAGUAUUUACAAUACUUAAAUUAAAUAAUUUCUUAUAUUUAAAAUUUAAAAAUCACGCGCUAUAUCCAUAUUUUUUGAGUUUCCUUCUUGUACUGUUAUUAUUAUUUGAUGUUUUAUAUUAAUUUAUACCACUCCAUUAUUAACUAAAUAUUCUAUUUAUGGCAAUUAUUGAUAUACUUUCAAAAUUAAAAAUACAAACUUGUUAUCCCGUAUAGUUAAACACCAUAAAAAUUAAAUAACGUUAGUCAAAUUCGUCUUAAACAACUUCACAGCUCUCUUUUUAUCUUUACUUUUCCUUUGAAAGUAGGCACAAAGAAGAGACUCUAUCCUCUGUCUAUUCAACUUUCUCUUUUACUUAACUUUUGACCCCCGUAUUUUUUUAAACCUCUCCCAUUCGUCGUCGAACAAAAACCAGAUUACGCGUAAGCUUUGAAACGCCAGAAAACGUCGCUCCCUAAACCACUUAUCCCACCCUUUCGUUCAGUAUCCGAAUUACGUGCCCGGGAACAAAUACGCCAAAUGAUUCUCAAUCGUUCAUUAUACAGGGUGUUUCUAAACUGGUGAUUCAAUUCGAAAAAAGACGAAUUUACGUGAGAGAAUAAAUCACCAGAUUCAUGAAAUUCGUAUUUGACGUACUCCAUUACACAAACUUAAACUAUCAUAUUAAAAACGAAGUACAAAUGUUUUUCGUUUUCUCUUGUUUUUAUCCUAUACCCCUUUUCGCGUUCCUCUUUCCUUAUUUUUCUUUUCUUGUUUCGUUCCUUAAGUGAUUUUAGUUCGAAUAGCAAAAUCUCUGUAGUAACUGUCUUAUUACGAAUAUUUAACGCGAAGAAUUUUGCACAGGUAUAUCCUUACAAAUAUAAUUAAAAAACUGAAACUUAGGUAGACGAUUGUUCAUUUACCAAAUACUAUGACGAAUGCUAAAUCUCAACUUAUUUAUACUUUUCCGCUUAUCACGUGCAUUUUGUACAUUUUGCUGCCUUCAAAUCUCCCACAAGUGCAUUAAAAUUUAACAACGAAAUUAUAAACUUUCUAGAAGAUAGAGUUGCGUGAUCAUUUUAGCCUCUUAGAAGCUCAUAUUAUUUAUUUAAUUAUUUACUUUCCCACGAACCCGCUCCAUCGACUUGGGUCGAUCUUUCAAUCGCAUUUCGCCUUUCUACUUUCCCAACGCCCAAGCUUCUCAUCCCUUGUAUUUAACUCUUACUUAAAUCCCACAACUUAAACUUCACCUCGCAACAUCUACCUCUUACGUUGCUUAUUCUCCACAUGUCUUCGCUACUCGCAUUCUCGCAACGUCUACACUUCGAUAACAUACGAAUCCGAACAGAAACAUAUUUUUUGAGUUUCAUUUUAUUAUUAUUAUUUGAUGUUUUAUAUUAAUUUAUACUACUCCAUUAUUAAGUAAAUAUUCUAUUUAUGGCAAUUAUUAAUAUACUUUCAAAAUUAAAAAUACAAACUUAAAACAUCGUCAAAUACAAAGUGUGAAACUCUAACGAUUCUGAGAUUGUAUCACCGUUCGGGUAACACCCUGUACAUCAUCAUCCCCCCAACCCACCCCCACCGCAUAUUUCCAUAAAUUUAGCAGCGUAGCCACGUGGAAACACGAGCCCUCAUCGUUGCUCUUUAAAAUCCGACAAUUAUUGGCCGUUGUUGCGCGCGGCCGGAAAGCGGAAGAGCAGAGCGCGGACCGGCGCGGAGGGAAACGCGUAAUCCGGCCUCGGUUCGGUUAAUCGAAACGAUCUUUUGUGCGCGCAAUAUCCGUGAACAAUACGAGCGGCUAUUAUCGCGACGUCGUCCCCGGGUAUAUAUGCUUGACAACGCGCGCCUCGGCUGACAUCGAAAUCUCGUUGUCAUCGGAAAUUCUAUUCAGCCGGGCCCGAUUGGCAGAUGCCAGGCAAACGAUGCGUGUCGACAACACGAUGGCCCGCGUUCAAGACCGCCCACGGCCGAAUUACGCCCGCAACGUUCCAUCGCCGAUCACUAAAUUUUCGAGUUUACAUCGAUUAUACCAGCGAUCGACGCGUAAGUGGAUGAUUACCGGGAUCGGAACGCUUCUGGCGAACAUGAGUCACCGAUCAAGGCGGAGAAAGCUCGAAGUGACUUCUUUCGAUGGUUUGCUUCGUUAAGCGUCAAAUUCUUAUUUUUGCCAGAUAACUUUUUUUAAUUAUCCAUUUUAAUUUAUCGAUGGCAGAAUUAAUUAUUUAUUAAAAAUUUCACUUUUGGAGGAAUGCCUCGUGUUUUUCCUUUAGUUCGUUGAAUAUCGAGGGAAAAUAUGACGAUGCAAAGUUGAAUUUCUAUGGUCGUAUUUAUCGAAGGACGAUUUCAGCUUCUUUUAGUCUCUCGAGUAUUGAGGAAACGUAGGGUAACGGGAAAUGGAGUUUCGUUUCUCAGUUGUUGAGAUAUUAGGGCAUUUAUUGGGUACUGAGCAAGAACAGGAUGAUAGACAGGGGUCUUUUAAUUGGAUCUUUGUUUCAUCGAACUAUAACGCUAUAUUAGAGAAUCUAUCGAGUGUGGUGGAAAGAUAGGAUGAUUGGAAUAUGAAUCUUUGAUUGAAUUUGUAUGGUUUAGUAGACUGUUGCUACGUUAGAGUAUUUAUCGCGUAUUGGAGGAUAAUAGAAAGUGGGCUUUUGCUUGUUAGAUGUUGUUAAAAUAUUAUAGAAUUUAUGGAAUAUCGAGGAGAGAUAGGAUAACAGAAAAUGGGUUUUUAGUUGGAUUCUUAUUGAUUAGUAGUUGUUGAAACAUUAGAGAAAUUCCUUAGAAGUACUUUUAAAAAUUGUAACUUCGACUGAAGUAAUAAUACCAGUUGCAUCUUGAAGAAUGCAACAGUAUGACAGUGAAUUGUUACUUAACUUUUGUAAUAAUGAUAGUAAUAUGAAUUUCUCAAGGAAUUUUUUUAAAACUAGUUUAACUAUAAUUUUCUUCUUUAUUAUUUGUAAAUGGUCAAUUUACCUGAAAUAAUAAAUUUAUUAUUUAUUUUUAUUUAUUGAAACAUGAUUCGUACAAGAUAUCAUUUAGAUUGUCAGGGUUGAUUGCGUGAAUAAAUAAUGUUAAUUGUUGGCUAAUAGUUAAAUGAAUAAUCUAGAUGAUUAUUGAACCAAUAGCAUGAUGUAGCUAUUUUAAUCAUUAUGAUAUUAAUCGUUAAUAUAUAUAAUAAUAAUAAUAGGUAAAUAUGUUUAGUUAACGAAUUAUUAGAACCAUAUUCUCCUUAUUUAUACUAUCGAUUGUUAAAUUCAAUUAUUUCAUUAAUAAGAAUUCUAUUCAAUUAUUGUUUAACAAAUUAAUGAAUUAUUCAAUAUUCUAUAUACAGGCAUAGAAACCGUAAAAAUUAUCAUCUGGUGAAAUGAAAGAAAAACCAAAAGAAGACACUUCGAGUUCCUCUAAUAAAAGGAAAGAUACGACCGAUUAUUUGGAAAAGAUAACUUCGUUGACUCGAAAACACGAGAUAAGCGUGAAUGUUAAUAAAAACGACUGGUAGAAUCAAACGUGAAUGCAAGGAGAGAUUAUGAGUGUUGAGAGAAACGAAUCUUAAAACGCACUAUGAAGAGGUUUUAUGCCACUUGUUUGUCGAUGGUAGAAAGUGAAAUGUGUUAAGAUGUAUGAUGUAUGUAAAUGGAAUUUAUAUAGUCUAUCUGAUCUAUAAUUGAAGUAUCAAAGUAAGUUAGGGAAAUACUUAUUCGUGUUAAUGGUUUCUUAGUUACGAUGUUACUGUGAGAGAAGUAUCUGUCUAUAUAUUUCCUUAUUUAAUCAUCAUCCUACUAUUUCGAUUGCAAUUAAGUUAUCUUCUCGUUGUAAUUUUUUAACAAGUUCCAAACAUCCAAAUAUCUCGAUGCAGAGGUUACAAUUUGUCUUUAUUCGUGACUUGAAAGAAUUCUAAACUCCCAAACGUUUACACUUGAAUUAUAAAAAAAGAAAAAGAAUUAUUCAAAUGCAUUGUUUUAUGUUUUCAAUAUUAAGAGAAAAGAGUUGCCCCUGUUCGUAGCUUUAGGAAACAGCGAACUCGCGAACGUUUCAAUGGAAUAUAUUCCAAAAAUGUCUAAAUAUAGAGAUAGGUCAUAUGUUUUCUCGUUUGUAUCGUUUAAAAGGCACUCGCCCAUUAACAAAUGGAUCGAUACUUCCCUCCCGUGUGUGUUCACGAAAUAACAUUUAGAGACUUAAAAGAAAGAGAAGCACAGAAGGACGAAAGCAAAAGGAAAGUGGAAUGCGGAAUAAAGUAACAGAAAUAUCGUGGCAGCAUGAGAAAAAGAGAUUCGAAUUUCUAGAGAUAUAAAAUAUAGAGGAUGGAGCUGGUCUCCAGGAUCGUCACAUCACAAUCGUUAGAAACUUUGCUUAUGUUUUAAUAUACAGUAUCGUAGAAACCUGGAAAAGUAAGUACAAUUUAGGAACAAUUGAUAUGUACGCAUACCUACGAUGUUAACGAUUUAACGAAAAAAAAAAAAGAGUCAGAAAAGACACACUCAUGAUCGAAUAUGUCGACGAAUCUUGUGUAAUUCGUGUAUAAUAUAUCCAAAAGCUCAAUUAUUGUCUCUGUUAGAGAGACGAUCGUUGUUUCCUUUCGAGUUUCUAAGUAAGAUGAAAGGGCAACAGAGGAAGAAUAGACUUUUAAUGAAAGAAAAGCUUGUACAGCCUGCAAACAAGUAUUCAACUUUAGUAGUUCACUAAACUUUUCAUUCAGAUUCUAGUAGAAAUUCCUAUUAAAAGGGAAUCCUUUAUUUGAGGAUCCAGGACGAACAAUCGAGAAACACGUGAAGUCAAUAUUAAUCUUCGGCUGAUGUCACUCGCUCUUUUAUUUGAUGAUAGUGAAUAACAUGCUUUGUUUGGUAACAAAAUUUAUGGUGUUAUUGAAAUCUUCUUUUGCACGCUAUGGUAGUGUUUUAAAAGUUUCAACGUGCCAAGAAGAAGAUUUAAGAGUGAUUAAGUGCUACAGCAAGGUUGCAACAAUGAUUAGAAAAUCAUAUUUUAUAGCAUUAAAAAGGAAGAUAAGUUUAUUCGUACAAUUCUGUUAUAAGAGAUAAAUUUAAUUCCUACACUUAAUUGCUAAAUAAAUACAGCUAUUUCGGAUUUUAUUUUGCACUUUGUGGACGCUCAAUCUGGAAAUUAAACGAUCUUUAGAAAUUUAUAUUGAGAAAUGUUCAUUUAAGUUAAGUGAAACGCAUACGAACGAGCUUUGCGAAUUCAAAAAAAGCAAGUAGUUGUUAUAGAACUGCUACGAAGCUUUCAAUUUACUACGCUGAAUCAGAUUCUGAAUUUUCCACGCUAUUCGCCUUUAAAUGGCCACGAUUUAGAAACGUAACCGAUUCUAUUAAGAAGUAUAACUCGUUUUGUGUCGAAUCAAAACUAUGUAAAUUAAUUUGUUGAAUCGUAAAGAACAGUAAAACUACUCUAAGACACAAAGAAGAAUGAAAAAUCCAGAAGAACGUCUACCACGUUUCGUAAAUAAUUUCUUUCUCAGUUGAAUUUUUCACGUAACUUGUGCACGAUUCGAGGGGAAUCUUCGUUGUGAUCGGAUUUCGAGACGACAGCAAUCAAAACUAGAUUACGGCAAAGUAAUUGCGCGAUCGAAUUGACGAGAAUCAAAACUAGAUUAGGAGAAAAUUGUCGCAGCAAUCUGUUCGCAAUGUCUGACGACAUCAGCCAAAGGUUCAACCAUUCAAUUCCUACUAGCUCUUAAAUAAAAACAACUCAUCUCGAAGACUUUGAUACACAGCAAACGAGUCACCGAAUGAUAAAGUGAUUAGUACCUGAAUAUUAAGUGUUCUAGGUUUACGCGACGAUUCAGCCACGCGAACAUCGUUUGUUUAUCGCGAAUCAAACAAAAAUAUCAACUCCCUUUUACGCGAUAGACUUUACUGUGGGUUUUUUCGGAUCGGCUCUUCUAAGACCAUCGUAGUACAAGCUUCUGAGAUGGAAAAUUAGGAAGAAAAAGGGAAUUAAAAAACGCCACGAGAACGAUUGCAAAGUUGAGAAGAACGAUUCGCUUUGCUAAUUAGAUUAGAUAAUCCCGUAAAGGGGACACAAUAUCGUCACGCUUCCGCUUCUUGCUGUCACUUGUCGCGCUUAAAUCGCUGUCCAAGUCCUUUCGAAAGUCGCCUCGUUACUCGAACGUUGCUAAUUGUAAGUAAAAUAAGUAGACUGUGGAUAGAACUACCAGACGCGUGUAAAUUACGCAGGAUGCGCGCAUUACGUAAAAAUAAUAUCCCAAUUUUUUCGGACAAACAUCGUGAGGAUGUUGGAUGGACAUAAACGAAGGAAAAAUGUUCGUUCGAUGGUUGGAUAAAAUGUUACGAGAAAGAUCGAAAAUAUCGAGAGAAUAAUACGCUUGAGUUUUCGAUAUUGCUCGAUCAAACAGUAAACUUUUACGUUGAAUGAGAAAAUAUAUUCGAUAAAGGAUAGAACGCACGAUGAACAGGAUACGAAGAAUACGAGAGAAGAUGAAAUGAGUUGAGAUGAAAUACAAUUGAAAUGAAUUUUAUAAAAUGAUAAAUUCAAUUAUUCCCUUUUUAUUGCUGAUACUCUUGUAUCUAUCGACAGAAACGACGAAGACUUUCGUAUUUUCGUAUCUCUUGUCUAAACUGGCACAAAAUUUGCCCGGAAAAAUUGGAAAUACUAUUUGUUAUAAUAUUCAAUAAAUAAGACGAAGCUGUACUUAAAUUGUAUUAUACCAGUUAUCUUAAAAAUUUUAUGAAUUUACGUAAUCGUCCACAGUCUACUAACGACGAAAGUGGAGAAUAUUUGGUGAGACCAACGAUGUAAAGAAACAGAGGAUCAUCGGCGAACUUCCAAAGCUUCAGAUUUUUCACUUGUAUCGUAAUUUUGGUAACUCGAAGCGUAACACGUUCCACUGUAUUUAAGAUACUUUGCGUUUGGGAAAUGAUCCUCUUAUAAUCGCGGAAGAAACUUUACGUUGUUGUAAAAGCAAAUUUAUCGUAUCGUAAAAGCAAAUUAAUAUUUUACUGCGAUUGUUAACGAAGUACGUUGAGCAGCCAUAGACUGAUAAAACUUUCAACGACCAAUUACUGCAAUUAGCGAAAUGUGUAACGUGAAAUUUUGUUUGAAGGAAGAGAUGAACGAAAGCAUCACAAUUCAUCGAAGCACAAAGUCAGUAGAAAUUUAUAUCUACUGCAGCUUCUUCGAGUAACAUAACCAACGUGGUAUCUUUAUUAGAAAAGGAAAAAGAACAUAACUCAUAAGUACCAACGAUAUAAAAAGUUUAACGAGUCGUUUAAGAACGUGUCGUAUAGUUUUUAAUGUACGAAGUUUCGCCUAGUUAGAUGAACGAUAUACGAAAAUUUCCGCGUGAAGAAAAAACAAAAAAGAAAAGAAGAAAGAUCGAUGUAUCGUUCUUUUUAAUCGAUCCCUGUUCCAAGAUGUUCAUACUCUUCGUUGAUUCUCUUUGUGGUGAAAAUUGUUUGUAUACUGCCAAUUUUUAUAGAACACUGUUCGCAUAAUAAUUCUUCGACACACUUGUAUCUUCUUGAACGAUCAAGCGUUUGAAGUGUAAUAUCCGAGAGUGGGAAGAGCGAAUUAAUUAAUCAAUCAAGGAGAACUCACUCGUCAUAGGAUUAAUUGUCAUUGAUUAAUUGUCUUUAUCGAACACUUUGCCGUGUGUUUUUUCCACGACUUAUUGUAUUUCGAUCAAUCGCGACGAACAUUGAGUGGAAAGCCGGAGAUGCGAAUUCUCAACUCUUUAAAGCCGCAAUUUCAUUCCGUUAAAGAUCAACAUUCUGUUAAUACAACGUUGUUUAAUAUUCGAGUUUAAUCUAAUAUUAAGAAAAUAUUUGAAAUAGCAAAUUUUGUUUAGCACCUUAAGGUUCAUUUAGAUGCUUCGUUGAUCUAAUUGCUUUUGCUAUUUCGUCUUCCACAUAGACUGCAGAAUUUUAUGGAGUAUGAAAUAUUGAAUUUGAUAAAUUUUGAUGAAUUUGAUAAAUUACGUUUCCUAAAUUAUUGAAACGUCUUCGUAUUUCUAAUUUUCCGAAUGAACUUCAGUGAAGCAUUUAUUAAUCUAAUACGUUCUCGUAGUUUAAUGAAACAAUAUAGGUAAUUGUAAAUUACUUUGUUUUUCGAUAAUAUCCUAUCGUACUGGGUCGUUAACGAACCAAAGGAAAGCGUCACUUUAUGUUCCAUAUGCUUCACAACGCUUUCUUAUUCCCCGUAAGGAAUUUUUACAAGUUUUUAAACAUUUUCAAGAAAUUCAACGUAGGUUUAAUCAAAUUGAACGAGGAGUUUGAAAUUUGUAUCUUCGAAAUCGAACGAUUAAACGACAAACGCAAAUUAACGAAACAUAAAUGAUAGGAAGGAAGGUUCGCUGAGACCUUUUAACAAACAUCGUACGACAGUUCCUCCCUUCUCAUUGUCCACGAGUAUCUCGAGUGUUUUUUCUACAAUACAAUCGUAGCUUUCUAUCCACGAAGAAACAUAGAAGACCAGAGUCUUUUUCUAAUCUUUACGGUCCAUCAGAUCUUUGUUAUAGCAAAUGUAUCAAUUCAGCAAACAUGUACACUAACUGGUCAAUGUAUGCACAUAUUGAUUUGAUAAGUUUACAUGUAUUGGCAAAUUUUUACAUAUGCAUAAACAAAAAUUCAUUAAUUUGAAAAAAGACAUGCAUUUAUCUUAUUUGAAGUAACUGAAUAUUCAUAGAUUUAUCGAAUAAAAUGUUAUAAAGUUUUCAUUUUCAUCCUAUACUACAACAAAAUGUGAUCAAAGCAUCAGCAAUCUAUAAUUUUCCACAGAAAUUUUCUAGGUUUACAGUGCUAUGUUUUAAUGAUUUGGAUAAUUUUUUUUAUAAAAUAUAAUAAUAGUGAAUAAUUCUUUUCUUUCGUUAUACAUAUGUUUCUUCAUAUACUUUGCAUUUCCACUCGUUCGACAUAGUUUCCAUACUUGUCACGCUGUUAUUAUGCUUCUGCUAAUGUGUCGUACUAAGUAAAUAUAUUUAUUAACUGUUAAUUAAUACUAAUUACAGGCAUUCGUGUAUUUAAUUCCUUUCGUAAUUACUUGCUACCGACUACUGAUAAUAGAAACAUAUUAUCGCUAAUAUUUUCGCAGAGAAGAUAGGAAAUUUAACUUUACGGAAAAUAAAUAAAUUUAUCGUUUGGUUAGUUAACAAUCGACGCGCAUAUAAAAUCAAACGAUAAUUGCAUACAUUAAUUAGCAGUGUUAGGUGUAGUAUAUACGUUCACCGAAUUUCACACCUUUAUUACGACAAAUCAAAUGUAAUCCUCCCACGAUAUUGAACGAACAGUCUCGAGCGCGGAAUUCAAAAUGCAGCAGCGUGAAAUCGAGUUUUAUACCUCGUACCAAUUUUAGCGAAACGUCGUAAGAACUAAGAACGUAUAGACCAGAUUUUUCGAUUUCUAUUCGUGUACCAUUUUCCAUUCGUUCGUAACUACUAAAUGUACGCUUAAAGGGGAAAAAGAAAAAAAGAAAAAAAAAAAGAAAGAGAUUCUGCGUGUAAAGCGAGGCUACGAACAAACCUAUAGAUAUUCGAGCGAUUCUCGACGCGUCGUUCUCGAGAAAUCGUCGUCGAUGGCCGUUUAAGGGGAACUUUUUCGAUUCGAACGGCAAAUUUUCGCACGAAAGUUUCAUGGAGGAACGGAGGCUGGGAUAUAGCGGAAAGUAUUUGCGCAAUCACGAUAGACUUGGAGGCGGCAAAUCGCUUUCGAAAAUCCGCUAUCCGCGAAACUACGUUCGUAGAUGUAUCUCGAGGAAUUCUCUGAUAACCUGUUGUACACAUGCAUACAUACACGUACACGUACACGCGUAAAGACACGUAUACAGACACACGUAAAAUGUAAUACUUGAUCCUUGUGAAAGCUUCUUGUAAACCGACAGACAUUUACGGGAAAUCGUAACUUCUUUACUUUUUAAAAUACGAGACGAUUGAAGAGGAAGAGGGGAAGAGAGAAGGAAAUACGCAAGGUCUCCCAUUACGAAGCGUUGAGCAUUUUGUAAAAGUUUUAUAAAUAGUUCUAUGUAGUUGAACAGCUGGACCAAUAAAAUGUAUAUCCGAUUGUA